GUGACGUUCAAGGACGUGGCCGUGGUCUUCACAGAGGAAGAGCUGGGGCUGCUGGACUCUGCCCAGAGGACCCUGUACCGAGAAGUGAUGGUGGAGAACUUCAAGAACCUGGUCUCUGUGGGACAUCAUCCCUUCAGACUAGAUAUGCUAUUCCAGUUGGAAGCAGAAGAAAAGCUUUGGAUGAUGGAGACAGAACCCCAGAGAAGUGAAUAUUCUGGCAGCAAGAAUCAAAAUGAGAUGACGCUACCUCAAAAAGCAGCAUUAAAGUAUUCUUUGCAUGAAGAGCUUAUCUCUUGGGAUAUCUGGGAACAAGUUGCAAGUGAAUUAACCAGGAGUCAAGACCCCACAAUAAAUCUGCAGGAAGAGAACCCCCGGUUAUUCCCUAAUGAUUUCAUUCAGGUUCCUGACAAUGAGAUCUGUGUCAUGAAGCGUAAAGGAGAUGGCCCUAAUUUUAUGGAAAAUCAGGAGUUUUCAAUGUUGAGUGCCCAGAAUUCUUGGAGGGAAACAUACCUGAAUGAGUCACAAAAUGAGGAUAGGAGUAAAGAAUUCAGCCUGCAAAUUCAUGAAAACUUGAGAAAGUCCUCACUUAGUGAGUAUGUUAAAAUUAGCCCAAAAUUGCAACCGUACAGAUGUGAAUGUGGUAGAAUCUUGAGUGAGAACCCCAGUCAGCAGUUCCCCUUAGGAGAAAACCCCCAUACGUGUACUGAGAGUUUCAGCUCUAGCUCAGUCCUUGCCAUUCCUCACAGUGUUCACUCAGGAGAGAAAUGUUUCAGCCAGAACUCACAAGUGCAAACUCAUCCGAGAAUUCACCCAGAAGGGACCCUCAGCAUGUAUCAGGCAUCUGGUAGUUCCUUCCGAGAGAGCUCUUUUCACAUGCAGCAGUCCUGUAACAAGGAAGAGAAAGCCUACAGCUGUGACAGUUGUGGUAAGGGCUUCAGUAACAGCACAGGCCUGACCAUCCAUUACAGAACCCACACUGGAGAGAAGCCGUACAAGUGUCAAGAGUGUGGGAAGUGCUUUAGUCAGAGUUCAGAUUUCCAGUGCCAUCAGAGGGUCCACUCAGAAGACAAACCUUACAAAUGUGAAGAAUGUGGGAAGGGCUUCAGCUGGAGUGUUAACCUCCGUGUUCAUCAGAGGGUGCACAGUGGUGAGAAACCCUAUAAAUGUGGAGCUUGUGGUAAGGGCUUCACUCAGGCUGCACACUUUCACAUACAUCAGAGGAUCCACACUGGGGAGAAACCCUACAAGUGUGAUGUUUGUGGUAAGGGGUUCAGCCACAACUCACCAUUGAUAUGCCACCGCCGGGUCCACACUGGUGAGAAACCAUACAAAUGUGAGGUAUGUGGGAAAGGCUUUACCCGGAACACAGAUCUCCACAUUCAUUACAGAGUUCACACGGGAGAGAAACCCUAUAAAUGUAAGGAGUGCGGGAAGGGCUUCAGUCAGGCUUCGAAUCUCCAAGUCCAUUGGAGUGUCCACACUGGGGAGAAACGCUUCAGAUGUGUUACGUGUGGGAAGGGCUUCAGUCAGUCGUCCAAACUUCAAAUUCAUCAGAGAGUCCAUACUGGGGAGAAACCCUACACGUGUAAUGUCUGUGGUAAGGACUUCAGUUACAGUUCAAAUCUUAAACUGCAUCAAGUAAUUCACACUGGAGAAAAGCCAUACAUCUGUGAGGAGUGUGGGAAGGGCUUUAGCUGGAGAUCAAACCUUCACACCCAUCAGAGAGUCCACUCGGGCGAGAAGCCCUAUAAAUGUACGGAGUGUGAUAAAUGCUUCAGUCAGGCUAUAGACUUCCGGGUCCAUCAGAGAGUCCACACAGGAGAGAAACCGUACACUUGCGAGGUCUGUGGGAAAAGCUUCAGUCAGUCCUCAGGGGUCCAGUCUCAUCAGAGAGUCCACACUGGAGAGAAGCCGUACAACUGUGAAAUCUGCGGAAAGGGAUUCAGAUACAGUUCCCAGUAUAUAUACCACCAGCGAAGCCACACUGGGGAAAAGCCAUUUAAGUGUGAGGAGUGUGGGAAAGGCUUUGGUAGGAGCUUGAAUCUCCGCCAUCAUCAGAGGGUCCACACAGGAGAGAAACCCUAUAAAUGUGAGGAGUGCGGGAAGGCUUUCAGUCUCCCAUCAAAUCUUCGAGUCCAUCUGAGCGUCCACAUGAGAGAGAAACUGUAUAAGUGUGAGCACUGUGGUAAGGGCUUCAGUCAGAGCUCACGUCUGCAGGCUCAUCAGAGAGUUCACACAGGAGAGAAACCUCACAAAUGUGAUCUCUGUGGUAAGGCCUUCCGUCACCGCUCACGGCUUAAAUAUCAUCAAAAAGUCCAUGUUGGCAAGAAUCUUUAG